AUGCAGAUGGGCAUAUCCGAUUGGCUUGAUCUGCGUGAUAAGGGUAGCCCGCGAGUGCCACAGCCGACUCCGUGCAUCUUCCAGGGUCCUUGUACGAUGCUGGGUCAUACAUACGGCUUUACACUUCUAUAUGGUCAUGCAGUUCUGACGUUAAGGAUAUGCGGGCCAGGUUGCCGCAGGGGCAAGUCUGCUUUCCCAACUCAUGGGUCAUCUACACCCACGACGCGUACUCAAAUUGAGAACCACUACUAUCUUAAAUUGAACUUGGUAGGGAAAUUACAACUGCCGAGAAGGCUGUCUCAUUAUGAAACGUGGCGAAGCAGGCAGUCGUUCAGCCAUCUCCUUUGGGAACGGGACGCUUGCCUUGCCCAACAAGUCGGCGAAUAUUCGGGGAAUCACCGCAACUCAGGGCCUUAUGCCAAACCCGCCCGGGAAAGAGAUCUGAGUGAGAUGAUGCCGUGCUUGUGGAGACGGACGGGAAGCCGAACAGUCCCUGGACCCUAUGCCAUAUGGCACAGUCCACAUUAA